AAGCCUCUUUACUUUAUUCCUUUCACGCACUAUUGUGUUAAUAUUAUUGUUCUAGUUUAACUACUACAAAACCAACCACCAACCACUACUAUUAUUAUUAUUAAAAUGUCCAUCAAGAAGAGUACUCUAUCUGCACAAACUCUCUCCACCAGAGGAGGCGGAUCAACCACUUCCAAGAAGAAGAAUGUAAAAAUUAAUUCCAAUGAUGAGAUGAAGUUUUUGAUGGAAAUGAGCAAGAAGAAUGAAAAGGAAAGCUCAAAGUCUGUUCAACCAACUAAAAAUCAUCCAAACAAACAAAAAGUAUGGCCAACUGAACAAACUCAACCUGAACCAACUGUACCAAUCAAGUAUUUGUAUAAGGACGGAAAGUUUCCAGAGGGAGAAAUCUGUGAAUUGGGACAAUACGAUUACAAGACCAAGAGAUUUCAUCCUUCUGAGUUGAAGCCUGGUGCUGAAGAAAGAGAUGAAAAGUUGCAAGAACGUCUCAAGGAAGCAAGACAUGCAGCUGAGGUUCACAGAACUGCCAGAAAAUGGUUCAAGGAUUCAGUUGUUAAACCUGGAAUGAAGGUUAUUGAUGCAGCUGAAAUGUAUGAAGCAAAGGCUAGAGAAUUGUUGGAAGCUGACAAGAAGAAGAGUGGACUUGCUUUUCCAUUGGGUUGUUCCAUCAAUCAUGUUGCUGCUCAUUAUUCACCAAAUGGUGGAGAUGAAACCGUUAUUGGAAAGGAUGAUGUUAUCAAGUUUGAUUUGGGAACUCAUGUAAAUGGAACCAUUAUUGAUUCUGCAUUUACCAUGUGUUGGAAUGAUCAAUAUCAACCAUUAUUGGAUGCUGUCAAGGAAGCAACAAACAUGGGUGUCAGAACAGCUGGCAUUGAUGUUAGAUUGGGAGAUGUUGGAGCUGCCAUUCAAGAAGUAAUGGAAUCUUAUGAAGUUACUAUUAAUGGAAAGACUCACAGAGUUAAAAGUAUUGAAAACUUGUGUGGACACUCAAUCGAAAGAUAUCGUGUCCAUUCAACUAAAUCAGUUCCAAUCGUUGCUUCUCCAGACAAUACCAAAAUGGAAGAGAAUGAAUUCUUUGCAAUUGAAACUUUCGGUACUACUGGUAAGGGAUAUGUUGUUGAAGAAGGUGUAUCCUCUCAUUAUGGAAGAGAAUUCACCUACCAUGGUGAUGGCUCUGAGUUGAGAAAUAAGGAAUCCAGAGAGUUGCUCAAGGUUAUCAAUGAUCAUUUUGGAUCCAUUCCAUUCUGUCGUAGAUAUUUGGACAGAACCGGUCAAAAGAAAUAUCUUGUUGCUCUUCGUGAUUUGGUUAAUAAUGGAAUUGUUCAUGAAUAUCCACCAUUUGUAGAUGUUAAGGGAUGUCAUACUGCUCAAUUUGAACAUACCAUCUUCUUGAGACCAACCUGCAAGGAAGUAUUGAGUAGAGGUUCUGAUUAUUAAGAUUUCAUUUUCCUCUAUGCAUUCCAAAUAUUUGUAACAGUUAGCUAUAGUAAUAAAGUUAGUUUGGAUGAAAAAUAAUUGUUUCUUAUUCAUAAAUGGGUUUAAACUUAGCCAUACUGGAUAUGAAAAAAUAUUAAACAUUCAAUUGAAUUACCUAAUAAGAGAGUUACUAUAUAUUUAACUUGAAACUACAGUUAUUUUGAAAUUUGCCUUCCAAGUUCCAAGUUUUACAAUUCUUUAAAUUGCAAAAACAACACUAACUACCAAUAGCAAUAAGAAAUCAAUAUUAAACUCUCAUAUUUCGUGGCAGUUUACAAUGAUAGGAACUAUAAUGAUUGGAUGAAAUUAUUGUUUUGAACCACAUUCAGAAUUGUAUGAAUAAAAAAAUACAAAAGGGACAGCACUUAUUAAGGAAGCAGUUCAUUAUGAUG